AGGAAUAAAGAUACUUUAUGGAUUAGGAGAAUGUGGGGGCAAAUGUGUCUGUUUUCAGCCUCCAGUCUCUGAGCUAAGGAUCUCCCACCACCUGCUGCUUCCUACACUCCCAAACUCCUGCUCCAGCUAGCUUUUCUGGGAGGAGAGGAGAAAACUGGAAGGGAGGGGAAGAAGGUUUGUGUGAGCAAGAGGCGGGAAUGAGGAAUGGGAGGCAGGAGAAGGCGUGGCCCAGCUCGGGCCGUCAGGAUAAAUACUCAGAACUGGGUGCGGGGUGUUGAGAGAGAACUCCGGAGGAACGCCUGAGCCGAGCAGCACCGAGGACAGCUCCCGGCAGCGCCUGCCCCCGUCUUCCUCCGCAGCCCAGAUCUCUUUCACACACACACACUGAGGUUCUUGCUUACCCCAUACUCGCACGGACACACACACACACACUCACACGCACACACGCACACACACACACACGCAUACACGCAGACACAUACUCGGCUGUACAAUGGCAGAAUCCCACCUGCAAUCAUCCCUGAUCACAGCUUCACAGUUUUUCGAGAUCUGGCUUCAUUUCGACGCAGAUGGAAGUGGCUAUCUGGAAGGAAAGGAGCUGCAGAACUUGAUUCAGGAGCUCCAGCAAGCACGGAAGAAGGCUGGAUUGGAGUUAUCACCGGAGAUGAAAACCUUUGUGGAUCAAUAUGGGCAGAGAGAGGAUGGAAAAAUAGGAAUUGUAGAGUUGGCUCACGUGUUACCGACAGAAGAGAACUUCCUGCUGCUCUUCCGAUGCCAGCAGCUGAAGUCCUGUGAGGAAUUCAUGAAGACAUGGAGAAAGUAUGAUACUGAUCACAGCGGCUUCAUAGAAACGGAGGAGCUUAAGAACUUUCUAAAGGACCUGCUGGAAAAAGCAAACAAGACUGUUGAUGAUACAAAACUAGCUGAGUAUACAGACCUGAUGCUGAAAUUAUUUGAUUCGAAUAAUGAUGGGAAGCUGGAAUUAACUGAGAUGGCCAGGUUACUACCAGUACAGGAGAAUUUUCUUCUGAAAUUUCAGGGAGUCAAAAUGUGUGGGAAAGAGUUCAAUAAAGCUUUUGAGUUAUAUGAUCAGGAUGGCAAUGGGUACAUAGAUGAAAAUGAACUGGAUGCUCUACUGAAGGAUCUGUGUGAGAAGAAUAAACAGGACCUGGAUAUUAAUAAUAUUCCAACAUACAAGAAGAGCAUAAUGGCUUUAUCAGAUGGAGGAAAGCUGUACCGAACGGAUCUUGCUCUCAUUCUCUGUGCUGGAGACAACUAGAGUUAAUGACCAUGACCACUUACUAGCGAUACAUUGUAUCUAAAAAAUAACUGUGCACUAUAAGGGAGUAGGCUGUAUUUUCUUUUGUAUCUGUAAA